AGAGAGAGAGAGAGAGAUAUCUGAUGAAAGAGCGAAAAACUACCAAACGGCUAUAAAUGGCGUUACAGAGUUUCUGAGCAGAGAGAGAAAGAGAGCGCGAGAUAGAGGGAGAACGAGACACUGAGACCUAAAACCCAGAAAGGGUUCGUGUGUAAUCCCCUUAAGAUCGCUGUUUUCUUCGGGUUUUGCCUGCUUCAGAUAUUUACUGGAGUUUUAGGGCUCUGGUUUUUUGAGCGGUUGAUCUGGUUUGUGUGAUCUCAACAUUAACCCAGUUUCAAAGAAGAGAACGAGAGAGUUGGGAACGAAGGAUUGAUUGGGCAUUAUUAAAAAAAAAUAUUUUUUUUUUUACUUAAAAAAAAAAAUAUUUAGUGAGAUUGGUGUUCAUCAUGUCUGAUGGUUAUUAUAGUUCAAAGAAGACAGACGAUAUUUGCGAGGACGUUUGUGGCCAGGGACCUCGCGCGGCACUAAAUAUGUCCAGACUCCGGUGCAUUUUGAGAGGAUUUGAUUUGAAGACAUAUAUUUUCAUAUUUGUGCUUAUCCCAACAUGUGUCUUUGGUAUAUAUUUACAUGGGCAGAAAAUAUCUUAUUUUCUAAGACCACUAUGGGAAUCUCCUCCUAAGCCCUUCCAUGAAAUCCCACACUACUACCAUGAAAACAUGUCAAUGGAGUCUCUUUGCAGACUUCAUGGAUGGGGAAUUCGCGAGUCACCACGUCGAGUCUAUGAUGCGGUUCUAUUCAGUAAUGAAGUAGACAUCCUUACAAUCAGAUGGAAUGAAUUGUAUCCAUACGUGACACAGUUUGUGCUUCUUGAGUCGAACUCAACAUUCACUGGUUUGCCAAAACCUUUAAUUUUCGCUAGCAACAGGGACAAAUUUAAGUUUAUCGAGCCUCGGCUGACUUAUGGUAUGAUAGGGGGAAGAUUUCAUAGAGGUGAGAACCCUUUUGUGGAGGAGGCAUAUCAGAGAGUAGCAUUGGAUCAGCUUCUCAGACUAGCAGGCAUAGAAGAGGAUGAUUUACUAAUAAUGUCCGACGUUGAUGAGAUUCCCAGUGCUCACACAAUCAACCUGUUGAGGUGGUGCGAUGAAAUACCGCCUGUUCUUCAUUUACAGCUAAGAGACUACUUGUAUUCUUUUGAGUUUUUCUUGGAUAACAAGAGCUGGCGAGCUUCAGUUCACAAGUAUCAAAGCAAAACCAAGUAUGCACACUACCGACAGACAGAUUAUCUCUUGUCCGAUUCAGGCUGGCAUUGUAGUUUUUGCUUCCGACGUAUUAGUGAAUUCAUAUUUAAGAUGAAAGCUUACAGCCAUUACGAUCGAGUGAGGUUCUCUCAUUACUUGGACCCCAAAAGGAUUCAGGAUGUGAUAUGCAAAGGUGCUGAUUUGUUUGACAUGUUGCCUGAGGAAUACACUUUUAAAGAGAUUAUUGGGAAGUUGGGGCCUAUUCCUCGAUCAUAUUCUGCAGUUCAUCUUCCAGCUUACUUGUUGAACAAUGCUGAUAGUUACAGAUACCUUUUGCCUGGUAACUGCAAAAGAGAGAGUGGCUGAGAGUCUUUUCAGAUUGAGUUGCCUAGGUAGAUUGGCUGAAGCUGUUAAAUUGCAAAAUGUAGAUUGACAUGAAGAGGACUAUAUUUGAAGGGUUCACAGUCAUGGUGAUGUAUAACCGCACAAAUAUACACCUUACUUCAAACAGAAUCUUAGGUCAUCUUUAGUGCAUAGUGAGAAGCUGGAAAGAACUUGAUGGGGGUCCUGGAAUAUCAGGAAAUUCUAUAUAUAUUCCUCUUUUUUCCUUGGAUUGAGAUUUCUUCCAGCACGGAGGGGUAAUCAAAAUCUUCAUAUUUGAGGGUGGUUUUUUGAGGGAGUAAGAUAAGAUAGCUGUUCAUUGCUUUAGCAAGCUAAUGUACCACUUGUUGGUAUGUGACAUAAAUCCUCCAUAUGCAUCACUGUGACAUUUCCCAAUAUUUUCUAUAAUGGGGAUUUUGAUUUUUCAGACUUAUUUGUUAGUAUAAUAUUCUUUUUACAACUUUGUUAAUUAUGUAUUAACUUAUAUAAAUAUUAUUACUCCCUUGGAUA